AUGAACUUCAUGACUGAGAAUCUCCACAGAGAGCAUGGAGAAUAUGAUCCACAAACUGUAAGACCAGGAAGUAGAUACAGUCAUGUUCAAGAAGUCCAAGAGCGGUUGAACUUUUUACGAUUUUUACUGAAGGAUGGUCAAUUAUGGCUCUGUGCUCCUCAGGCAAAACAAAUAUGGAAAUGUUUAGCUGAAAAUGCCGUCUACUUGUGUGAUCGUGAAGCCUGUUUUAAAUGGUAUUCUAAACUAAUGGGAGAUGAACCGGACUUAGACCCUGACAUUAAUAAAGACUUUUUUGAAAACAAUGUUCUUCAAUUGGACCCUUCACUGUUAACAGAAAAUGGAAUGAAAUGUUUUGAACGUUUCUUCAAAGCUGUGAAUUGUCGGGAAGGGAAGCUAGUAGCAAAGAGACGUGCCUAUAUGAUGGAUGACUUGGAGUUAAUAGGACUAGAUUACCUUUGGAGAGUUGUAAUUCAAGGAAAUGAUGAUAUUGCCAGUCGAGCAAUAGAUCUGCUGAAGGAGAUUUAUACCAACCUUGGUCCAAGAUUACAAGUUAAUCAGGUAGUUAUCCAUGAGGACUUCAUUCAGUCCUGUUUUGAUCGUUUGAAGGCAUCCUAUGAUACUUUAUGUGUACUGGAUGGAGAUAAAGAUAGUAUUAAUUGUGCAAGACAAGAAGCAAUAAGAAUGGUGCGAGUGUUGACUGUUUUAAGAGAGUAUAUAAAUGAAUGUGACAGUGAUUACCAUGAAGAACGAACAAUUCUACCAAUGUCAAGAGCUUUUCGUGGUAAGCACAUCUCUCUAGUAGUUCGUUUUCCAAACCAAGGUCGGCAGGUGGAAGAUUUGGAUGUUUGGUCUCAUACAAAUGAUACCAUUGGUUCAGUCAGACGUUGCAUUCUCAACCGUAUUAAAGCCAACAGUGCACAUACCAAAGUAGAAUUAUUUAUUGGAGGCGAAUUAGUAGAUCCCGUAGAUGAUAGGAAAUUAAUUGGACAAUUGAAUCUGAAAGAUAAAACAUUAAUUACAGCAAAGCUUACACAGAUAAGUUCCAAUAUGCCUUCAAGCCCUGAUAGUUCCUCUGAUUCUUCCACGGGUUCUCCUGGUAACCAUGGCAAUCAUUAUAGCGAUGGUCCAAAUCCAGAAGUUGAAAGUUGCUUGCCCGGAGUUAUUAUGUCACUGCAUCCUAGAUACAUCUCAUUUCUUUGGCAAGUUGCAGACCUAGGAAGUAGUCUAAAUAUGCCAUCUCUUAGAGAUGGUGCACGAAUCCUUAUGAAAUUAAUGCCACCAGAUAAUACUACUAUAGAGAAAUUAAGAGCUAUCUGUUUAGACCAUGCAAAACUUGGGGACAGCAGCCUUAGUCCAUCCCUUGAUUCUCUGUUCUUUGGACCUUCUGCUUCACAAGUGCUAUAUCUUACAGAGGUAGUUUAUGCCUUGUUAAUGCCUGCCAAUUUGCCUCUGGGAGAAGAUGCUACUGACUUUCAGUUCAAUUUCUUAAAAAGUGGUGGCUUACCUCUGGUGUUGAGUAUGCUGACUAGAAAUAAUUUCUUGCCAAAUGCAGAUAUGGAAACAAGAAGGGGGGCCUACCUAAAUGCUUUAAAAAUAGCAAAGCUACUGCUGACUGCAAUUGGUUAUGGCCACGUGAGAGCUGUGGCAGAAGCUUGUCAACCAGUUGUAGAGGGUACAAGCCCAAUGUCACCGAUCAACCAAGCGACUCAUGACCAGGCGGUGGUGUUGCAAACUGCUCUGCAGAACAUUCCCAAUCCAACUUCAGAGUGCAUGUUAAGAAAUGUAGCAAUACGCCUUGCACAGCAAAUAUCUGAUGAGGCUUCAAAGUUUAUUCCUGAUAUUUGUGUUAUUAGAGCAGUGCAAAAAAUUGUAUGGGCUUCUGGAUGUGGAUCAGUACAACUGGUAUUCAGCUCAAAUGAAGAUAUUAGUAAAAUUUAUGAAAAGACAAAUGCAGGUAAUGAACCAGAUUCAGAAGAUGAACAAGUUUGCUGUGAAGCACUUGAAGCAAUGACGCUUUGUUUUGCUUUAAUUCCAACUGCACUGGAUGCAUUAAGUAAAGAAAAGGCAUGGCAAACAUUUAUCAUUGAUUUGUUACUGCAUUGUCACAGCAAAACUGUUCGGCAAAUGGCACAGGAGCAGUUCUUCUUAAUGGCUACCCGAUGUUGUAUGGGACAACGACCUCUUCUUUUUUUUAUAACUCUGUUAUUUACUGUGUUAGGGAGUACUGCACGAGAACGUGCUAAACAUUCAGGAGAUUACUUUACUCUGUUAAGACAUCUUCUAAAUUAUGCUUACAAUAGUAAUAUUAAUGUGCCCAAUGCUGAAGUUCUGCUUAAUAAUGAAAUUGAUUGGCUUAAAAGGAUCAGGGAUGAAGUGAAAAGGACAGGAGAAACAGGUGUAGAGGAAACUAUUCUAGAAGGUCAUCUUGGAGUUACCAAAGAAUUGUUGGCAUUCCAAACUCCUGAAAAAAAAUACCACAUUGGUUGUGAAAAAGGUGGUGCUAAUCUUAUCAAAGAAUUAAUAGAUGAUUUUAUCUUUCCCGCAUCAAAUGUUUACUUGCAAUACAUGAGAAAUGGAGAAUUACCCGCUGAGCAGGCAAUACCGGUCUGUAGUUCCCCAGCUACCAUUAAUGCUGGAUUUGAGCUGUUAGUAGCCUUAGCAGUGGGCUGUGUCCGUAACCUCAAACAAAUAGUAGAUACUUUGACUGAAAUGUACUAUAUAGGCACUGCAAUAACUACUUGUGAGGCACUAACAGAAUGGGAAUAUCUGCCACCUGUUGGACCACGACCACCAAAGGGAUUUGUAGGACUUAAAAAUGCUGGAGCCACUUGUUACAUGAAUUCUGUUAUUCAGCAACUAUAUAUGAUUCCUGCCAUCAGAAAUGGAAUUCUUGCAAUUGAUGGAACAGGCAGUGAUGUAGAUGAUGACAUGUCUGGAGAUGAGAAACAAGAUGAGAGCAAUGUUGACCCACGAGAUGAAGUAUUUGGCUAUCCCCAUCCAUAUGAAGAUAAACCAACUUUAAGUAAAACAGAAGACAGAAAAGAGUACAACAUAGGUGUACUAAGACAUCUCCAGGUCAUAUUUGGCCACUUAGCAGCUUCUAGAUUACAGUACUAUGUGCCGAGAGGAUUUUGGAAACAGUUCAGACUCUGGGGUGAACCUGUAAAUCUGCGAGAACAACAUGAUGCUUUAGAAUUUUUUAACUCUUUGGUGGAUAGUCUAGAUGAAGCUUUAAAAGCCUUAGGUCAUCCAGCAAUGUUAAGUAAAGUUUUAGGCGGAUCCUUUGCUGAUCAGAAAAUCUGUCAAGGUUGCCCUCAUAGAUAUGAAUGUGAAGAAUCUUUUACAACACUGAAUGUAGAUAUAAGAAAUCACCAAAAUCUACUUGACUCUUUGGAACAAUAUGUCAAAGGAGACUUACUGGAAGGUGCAAAUGCAUAUCACUGUGAAAAAUGCAACAAGAAGGUUGAUACAGUGAAACGCUUGCUGAUUAAAAAACUGCCUCCAGUUCUUGCCAUCCAGCUAAAACGAUUUGAUUAUGACUGGGAAAGGGAAUGUGCAAUCAAGUUCAAUGAUUAUUUUGAGUUUCCACGUGAAUUGGAUAUGGAACCUUAUACUGUGGCGGGAGUAGCUAAGUUAGAAGGGGAUGAUGUAAAUCCUGAAAAUCAACUAAUACAGAAUGAACAAUCAGAAAUUGAACAUUCUGGCAGUACAAAAUACAGACUAGUGGGUGUAUUGGUGCACAGUGGUCAAGCCAGUGGUGGACAUUAUUACUCUUACAUUAUUCAAAGAAAUGGAGGAGAUGGUGAGAAAAACAGAUGGUAUAAAUUUGAUGAUGGUGAUGUAACUGAAUGCAAAAUGGAUGAUGAUGAAGAAAUGAAAAAUCAGUGUUUUGGUGGAGAAUACAUGGGAGAAGUAUUUGAUCAUAUGAUGAAAAGGAUGUCCUACAGACGUCAGAAGAGAUGGUGGAAUGCUUACAUUCUUUUUUAUGAACGCAUGGACACAGUAGAGAAAGACAAUGAGCUUAUAAAAUAUAUUUCAGAACUUGCAAUGACCACUAAACCCCAUCAAAUUAAAAUGCCAUCUGCAAUUGAACGGAGUGUACGAAAACAAAAUGUACAAUUCAUGCAUAACCGAAUGCAGUACAGCCUGGAAUAUUUUCAGUUUGUAAAAAAAUUGCUGACAUGUAAUAGUGUCUACCUAAAUCCGCCUCCUGGACAAGAUCAUUUACUGCCUGAAGCAGAAGAAAUUACAAUGAUAAGUGUUCAGCUUGCUGCUAGAUUUCUGUUUACCACAGGAUUUCACACAAAGAAAAUAGUUCGUGGUCCUGCCAGUGAUUGGUAUGAUGCUUUGUGCAUUCUCCUUCGUCAUAGCAAGAAUGUUCGUUUCUGGUUUGCACACAAUGUACUUUUCAAUGUUUCAAAUCGCUUCUCUGAAUAUCUUUUGGAAUGCCCUAGUGCUGAAGUAAGAGGAGCAUUUGCAAAAUUGAUAGUAUUUAUUGCACACUUUUCAUUACAAGAUGGACCAUGUCCUUCUCCUUUUGCUUCACCUGGACCUUCUAGUCAGGUAUGUAACCAAAAUACAAUAUGAAAAAACUAGUUUAUAUACAAUAGUAUAAUAACCUGUUUUGAUAUAAAGCAUCAUAGUUGGUUAACUAAUUAUGAAUUCAUGUAGCUUAUAUAGGUAAUGGUUUAUUGUGCA